ACACCAAUCCCAAAGUUUCAUUUAUUAGUUUAGUGGCGAGUUUGGCGGCGCGAAACGCUCGUUGGUCCUUUUGUUUCGAAAGAAAUCCUAUUCGAAGAUCCCCGAUCCUUGCUAGGAUCAUCUAGUGCAAUAUAUAGACUAGUUAAUUUACUUUUGGAAAAAUAAGGACACCAGCAGGGCCGCCGAUUUGUGCCCCUUUCUUGAAAGUCGCAAAACAAAAACAACGACGACAACAACAAAGCGGAGACAAAGAAUCGACAAGUAGCGAUAAACGAAAUCAUUCCCGGGAAAACCUUGGAGACGGGUGAUUCACUGCCAAUACCACUGCCAAUUGGAGACUGAUCACGGCAGCCAUCCUUGGCGCGCCCAAUAAGCGGAGUCACCGGAACGCGUGGAAGCCAUAUCCGGAAUGCAGCCGCCGGAGCUCGAGAUUGGAAUGCCGAAGAGGCAUCGCGAGCAUAUACGCAAGAAUCUGAAUAUACUGGUUGAAUGGACGAACUACGAGCGUCUGGCCAUGGAGUGCGUGCAACAGGGCAUCCUAACCGUUCAGAUGCUAAGAAAUACGCAGGAUCUCAAUGGCAAGCCAUUCAACAUGGACGAGAAGGAUGUGCGUGUGGAGCAGCAUCGUAGGCUCCUAUUGAAGAUCACCCAGCGUGGUCCCACCGCCUAUAACCUGCUGAUCAAUGCACUGCGCAAUAUCAAUUGUCUGGAUGCGGCCGUUCUAUUGGAAUCCGUCGAUGAGUCCGAUUCAAGGCCACCCUUUAUCUCGCUAAACGAACGGAGAACCAGCCGGAAGUCGGCCGAUAUUGUGGACACACCCUCACCCGAAGCCUCCGAAGGACCCUGCGUUAGCAAGCUCCGGAAUGAGCCGCUGGGAGCACUCACCCCUUAUGUGGGUGUCGUUGACGGUCCCGAGGUAAAAAAAUCGAAAAAGAUACAUGGUGGGGAUAGUGCCAUAUUGGGCACAUAUAAGAUGCAAUCACGUUUCAACCGAGGCGUUUUGCUAAUGGUUAACAUAAUGGACUAUCCGGAUCAAAACCGUCGACGGAUCGGAGCCGAAAAGGACAGCAAGUCGUUGAUACACUUGUUUCAAGAACUGAAUUUUACGAUUUUCCCCUAUGGGAACGUGAAUCAGGAUCAGUUCUUUAAACUUCUGACAAUGGUGACCUCCUCGUCGUAUGUGCAGAAUACCGAGUGUUUCGUAAUGGUACUGAUGACACACGGCAACAGUGUGGAGGGAAAAGAGAAGGUGGAGUUUUGCGAUGGAUCUGUGGUCGAUAUGCAGAAGAUCAAGGACCAUUUCCAGACGGCCAAAUGUCCUUAUUUGGUGAACAAGCCGAAGGUGCUUAUGUUUCCCUUUUGCCGCGGCGAUGAAUAUGAUUUGGGCCAUCCAAAGAAUCAAGGCAAUCUCAUGGAGCCAGUGUAUACGGCGCAAGAGGAGAAGUGGCCUGACACCCAGACGGAGGGCAUACCCAGCCCGAGCACCAAUGUGCCAAGUCUUGCCGACACUCUGGUCUGCUAUGCUAAUACGCCGGGCUAUGUUACCCACCGCGAUCUCGACACGGGCAGCUGGUACAUCCAGAAGUUUUGCCAAGUGAUGGCCGAUCAUGCCCACGACACAGACCUUGAGGAUAUCCUAAAGAAGACGAGCGAAGCCGUGGGUAAUAAGCGCACCAAGAAGGGUUCCAUGCAGACAGGUGCCUAUGAUAAUCUUGGCUUUAAUAAGAAACUCUACUUCAAUCCCGGGUUUUUCAACGAAUAGUUGCCGCCACUGGACAUUUUAUCAUUCCGGAUGCAUUUUUAACCGCAUUUAUGUUCUUAUCGUCGCAUUUAGUAUGUCUUUUAGAUUAUGUGUUCUGUGCUCGCGUGCUAUAAAAUGUUUAUAUUGUAACAAAUACUCAUUCAAGUAUUCUUCUAAUACGUAUUGCAUACCUCAUUUAAAGGUACGAAAUUAUGUAAUUUAUGUGAUAACUGCCAGAAAUCUACAAAUAUUAUAAUACAGAGUUCCAGUAUAU